AUGGAAAAUAAUGAUCUGAAUUUCAUCGAUGAUAAUAAUCUUAUGUCCAAACGAAGUACAUUUAAUCAAGGAUAUGAUGAUAAUGAAUCACAAUCACCAGGCCAAUGUGUCCGAUGUAAAUUUGGUAUUUUUCGUUGUUGUUAUCCAAAUAUUUGUGUUAAAAAACAUUUUCGGCCAGAUAAAUGUCUUCGUAUAAAGAGUGGCUAA